AUGGCGCUGCCGGUCUCCGAGCCGCCAUGGCCGGAGAGCCUGUCCCGGCUGAAGGAGGUCGAUGACUUGCUGCGGUGUGGGAUAUGCUUCGAUUACUUCAGCAUUGCCAUGAUCAUCCCGCAGUGCUCGCACAACUACUGCUCCCUCUGCAUACGCAAGUUCCUGUCCUACAAAACCCAGUGUCCCACCUGCUCUGUGGCAGCCUCAGAAUCUGACCUGAAAAACAACCGGGCCCUGGACGAGCUGGUGAAGAGCUUUCAUUCUGCGAGGCAGCAGCUGUUCCAGCUGGUCUCAGGUUCUCCACUGAUCUCAUCUCCGCUGGCCUGCAGCAGGAGUUCAGCUGGCAGCAGCCACCUCAGGAGUCCUCUUGCUCAGCCAGCUGCAGAGGAAGAGGUGCCAGUGGUUGCCAGCCUUGUGAAGAAGAAAAAAGUCUGCACCCCAACGAGGGCAGGGGACCUGGCAGGAGCACAUCAGCAGAUUUUGCAGCCUGAGGAGCACCACAGCCUGGGGAGCAGCUCUGCAGAGCUCCACGGUAACACCAGCAAACAGGCAUCACCAGAGAGCCCUGAGUGCACCAAAGGCCAGGAGAAACCUUCCACAUCUGUGCUAAAGGCAGUCAGGAAAGUGGAGUGUCCUGUCUGUGAGGUUGCUGUUCCUGAGCAGUACAUAAACAAACACCUGGACAGCUGCCUGACAAGAGAUGAGAAGAAAGACAGCCUCAGGAGCUCUGGUCACAAGAGGAAGCCCUUGUCCAAGGUUGUCUACAACCUGCUGUCUGAGAGGGAUUUGAAGAGGAAGCUGAAGGAGCAUGGGCUGUGUGCCCGAGGCACCAGGCAGCAGCUCAUCAGGAGACACCAGGAGUUCACACACAUGUACAAUGCCCAGUGUGACUCCCUCAACCCCAAAUCAGCUGCAGAGAUCGUCAGGGAGCUGGAGAGGAACGAGAAGGUCCGAGCUCAGCUGGAGCUCAGCAGGCCCAGUGACAACAGCCUGACCUUCACAAAGGACCAGACAGAGGAGGAGAUAGAUGAGAUCCACUCUGACUACCGAAACAAGCACAGGAGGGAGUUCCAGCUCCUGGUGGAGCAGGUCAGCAACAGGUGGAAGAAAGGUGGCAAGAGGAGAGCAGAGGGAGCCCCAGGCACAGCAGAAAAUACUCCAGGCACAGCAGAAGGCACUGCCAGAGAGCUGCCAGCAGCUACAGGACACAGGGAAGAGCAUCAGGCAGCUGCUGGCCCUGGAGGAGCCCAGACCCUUCAGACAGGAACUCCUGAUGGCAAAAGAAGUGCCCCAAGUUUCUUGGAGGAGAGCCAGAGGUCAGCCUCUCCUGAGUUCUCCCUCUCAUCUGGUUCAACAAGCAGCUCCUGCUCAGACAUUCUGAGAGACCCACAAGUGCCUGGGACAUGCUUAGCCUCCAUUGGCAACAGUUUCCUGGCUCUGGGAGGUACCAAAAGAAAGUCUCCUCAGUCCCAAAUGCUGAAGAGCAAGAGGAAGAAGAGGUAG